AUGCUCAAUAAGAACUUACAUAAAAAUUAUAAACCUACAGAAAAUAUAACAGUAGACGAACAAUUAUUUCCUUACAGAGGACACACAAAAUUUACACAGUACAUUCCAUCUAAAUCUGCAAAAUAUGGAAUAAAGGUUUUUUGGGCUUGCGAUGCAGCAAAUGCUUACCCUUUGCAUGGUAAAAUUUACACAGGUAAAUCACAAGAUGGUAAACGUCAAGUAAAUAUUGGUGAACGUACAGUUCUAGACUUAGUUGCGAUGUAUAAAGGUUCUGGACGAAAUGUGACUACAGACAACUUUUUUACAAGUAUGCAAUUGGCUACUACAUUAAACUCUUGGAAUAUGACAUUGGUUGGUACUGUCAGAAAAAAUAAAAGAUUCUUGCCUCCCAAAAUGCUUCUAUCAAAAGCCAGAGCGUUAUAUUCUACAAAUUUUGUAUUUAGAAAAGAUAUAAUUCUUUGUUCUUAUGUUCCAAAAAUAAAUAAAUCGGUUAUUCUUUUAUCUACAAUGCAUAUGACAGCCGACAUAAUGCAAGCUGCUACCGCUAAACCAGAAAUUAUAAAAUAUUAUAAUCAGACAAAAGGAGGAGUAGAUACAAUGGAUAAAAUGUUAACAGAAUACACAGUAAAGCGAAGAACUAAUCGUUGGCCACUUGCAUUUUUUUUCAACAUGAUUGAUAUUGCUGCUUUAUCUGCAUAUAUUAUAUAUAUGGAACACAAUCAAAGGUUUAACAUAACUGAUCGAUGCCGAAAAUUUUUAAAAGAGCUUGCAAAUCAGUUAUGUAUGCCUGCAAUAGAAAUUCAAAUCUCCAUACCUAAAGUAGUAGGAAAUCGAUAUACUCGUAAUUCAAUGGAAAUGAUUCUCGGACGGCCAAUACAACAGAUAAUUGCUAUUCCUAAAAAUGAACCACCUCGUGAUGCUUCAGGACGUAUUCAAAUAGUUGGAAGUUGCUUAGUAUGUCGAGAAUUGGGUUAUAAGCAACGGAAAACUCGAAAAGCUUGUUCAACUUUCUCAAAGCCUAUUUGCAAUGAACACUCAAUAAACAAAUCAUUUUGCGAAACUUGCAAUCAACAAAAAACCUAA